CUCAGCUUAGGCCUCUCCACUUCUCUCCGAUCCGUGGGAAUUCCGUUUUAUUACCUGUAUCAUCCAUAUUAUCGCGCCGUUUAUUUUGAUAACUGCUUCUGGGGUCGAUCUAUAAUAUUGCAGUAAACAAAACAUUGCCAUUGCCCCAAAAUCAAACUGACGACGUCUUGAGAAAGGACCAACCUGUCCGCUUGCGUAACGAAAAUGUUGAGGCUCUUAUUCAUUUGCCUCUUUCUGGGAAUUUUGGCGAAAUCAUCGGCGGGCCAGUUCUACUUCCCCAACGAGGCGGCCCAGGUGCCCAACUAUGGACGCUGCAUAACGCCCAACCGGGAGCGGGCUCUGUGCAUCCACCUGGAGGACUGCAAGUACCUCUAUAGCCUCCUGACCACCUCCCCCUUGAGGGACACGGAUCGUUUAUACCUCAGUCGCAGCCAGUGCGGCUAUACGAAUGGCAAGGUGCUGAUCUGCUGCCCUGAUCGCUAUAGGGAGACCAUCUCGGAGGUGCCUCCACCACCGAAGCCGAAUGUCACGAGCACCAGCCUCCUUCCGCUGCCAGGACAAUGCGGCAACAUCCUGUCCAAUCGCAUCUACGGCGGAAUGAAGACCAAGAUCGACGAGUUCCCCUGGAUGGCGCUGAUUGAAUAUACAAAGGCCCAAGGGAAGAAGGGUCAUCACUGCGGCGGCUCCUUGAUCAGCACGAGGUAUGUGGUCACCGCCUCGCAUUGCGUGAAUGGAAAGGCUCUGCCCACCGACUGGCGGUUGACCGGAGUUCGCCUGGGCGAGUGGGACACCUUCACCGAUCCCGACUGUGAGGUGGAUGUGCGUGGCAUGAAGGACUGCGCUCCACCGCAUCUGGACGUGCCCGUGGAGCGGACGGUGCCCCAUCCCGACUACAUACCGGCUUCCAAGAACCAGGUCAACGACAUCGCCCUGCUGCGUUUGGCCCAGCAGGUGGAGUACACCGACUUUGUGCGUCCCAUUUGCCUGCCCCUGGAUGCCAAUCUGCGGGCGGCGACCUUCGAUGGGAUCACCAUGGACGUGGCCGGCUGGGGCAAGACAGAGCAGCUGUCGGCCAGCAACCUGAAGCUGAAGGCGGCGGUGGAGGGUUUCAGGAUGGAUGAGUGCCAGAACGUCUACAGCAGCCAGGAGAUCCUGCUGGAGGACACCCAGAUGUGUGCCGGCGGCAAGGAGGGCGUCGACUCGUGUCGCGGCGACUCCGGAGGACCACUGAUCGGACUGGACACCAACAAGGUGAAUACCUACUACUUCCUGGCGGGCGUCGUGUCCUUCGGGCCAACUCCCUGCGGUCUGGCCGGUUGGCCAGGAGUUUACACCCUGGUGGGGAAGUACGUCGACUGGAUCCAGAACACCAUCGAGGCCUGAUUGUAAAUUAUGUGAUUGUGGUUGUGUAAAUAAAUUGGACAAACUUA